CAGUUCGUCCUGGGGGGACGUGUGGAUUCAAGUCACAUAAUAAAGGCAGUUGGGUGAAAGUAAAGGUGAAUGUGCUGAAUGACUGUGGAGAGCAGCUGUGCGAGGAUCUCAAGAGACAGAGAAGGGGAGAGCUGCUGUUGCUGGGUCAGUUCAUCUCCUUUGCGUGCUAUCCUUGCUGCCAAGAUGGGUUCCCCGGCACAGUGCAGGGGAUCUGGAUUAUAAAUGCCGAGCCUUGUGCUGCUUGUCUCUGCGUGAAGAGGGCAUAGAGCGGCUUUCAUUGAUCAUCUUCUUGAUGUUGCUAUGAAGACAGAUGCCAGAAAUGACUGAUGUGGAAGCUGGGGUCACAGAUUUUGCAGCAUCAGGAAGAGCUGGUCGCCGAAAUGCCUUACCAGAUAUUUUGGGUUCCCCAGCUGGAGGAGAGACCUCGGACCUCCCAAAGAAAUUAGCAGAGCUCUCUUUAUCUCAAGAUGGAGGUGCAGAAGGUGGAGGAGAAGCUUCAGCAGAGGCACCAGCAGAGACCCAAGAUAAAUCUGAGGAGACCUGAAAGUUUUAGACAGGCAGAAAUAUACAUAUUCAGAUCUGGAGCAUGAAGAUGCUCUCAUAUAUUAUAAGACUGGAUUUUAACUGCAGUGCUGUGUUUGGACUAUGCAACACAGUUAGUAAGAUUGGGACAGAAAUGCAUUUUCUACUCUAGUUGAAUAUAGAGUUAAUUUACACUAAGAUAGGGAGCAGCUCUAUGACAAAGAAUGUUAAGUAAGUUCUAUUUUAUAGUACUGGUUCUGUUGUAUUCACAAACACAAUAAAAGAUGGAUAUUACAUAUUUAAGUUUAAUGCUUUACCAAAAUGAAUUUGGGUUGUUGUUUAGAAGCACUGACUAGCUACUAUAUUUUGUAAAAAUAUAGUGUUAGGGAACCUGUGUCUCUCCAGUUUAUGUUGCAUCACAACCCCCCAGCCUUUUCUGACAGCGAGAAGUCAGGUGUUGCCAGGAUCAGGGAUGUUAAAAUUGUGGCCCUACAAAAAUUGUUUAUCCAGAAUUACCACUCAGACUUUGGGAUCUUGGGAUUUAUAGUUUUGCAACAUCAUUUUAUGGGCUACAGUUUUUAUAUCCUUGGCCUAGGGAUAGUACAGCUUCUAGUACCCAGGGGCUUCAUUAUGCUACAGCAGUUGUACUUUAGCAAGUCAUGGAGAGGCAAAGAUUUAUUAUCUGUGCUAGAAGUAUGUUGUCAUGUCUAUAGUCUAGCAAGGAUUGCUAGUUGCUAUAGUGCAAUAAAUCACUGCAGGAAUUGGGUCACCUUCUGAUAUUACUCCUAAGAGUUAUUGUUUGUUUCCGAAGGGGGGAAAUAUAUAAAGGGAACCAAGUUCUUCAGUGCCUUAAUGUCUAAAUUAUCCAGUGUGGCAUCCUACCACACAGAAGAAAAAAAGAGCCUGUAUCAUUUAAUUGGGACACAGCCAGCAUCUGCAAGAUGAUCAUUUCAUUUAUAUGUCACUAUGUCAGGCAAUGUAGCAAUGUUUGUGAACUGAAUUGUUUGAUAUGAAAAAUAAAAAAUGAAGUGGUUUA